GGGUUUCCCUGAGGAGCUUGGAGAUAGUUGAAAAGUUGGGGCUCUAUUAUCAGCACCUCCACCAUGUCGGACGCAGUGGUCAGUUUUAUGAAAGACUUUUUGGCCGGUGGCAUCGCCGCAGCCAUCUCCAAAACAGCAGUCGCUCCAAUUGAGAGGGUGAAGCUCCUGCUGCAGGUUCAACAUGCCAGCAAGCAGAUCACUGCAGAUAUGCAGUACAAAGGAAUCAUAGACUGUGUGGUCAGAAUCCCUAAAGAGCAGGGCUUCCUGUCCUUCUGGAGAGGCAACCUCGCCAAUGUGAUCCGUUACUUCCCCACUCAGGCCCUCAACUUUGCCUUCAAAGACAAGUACAAGAAGAUUUUCUUGGGCGGAGUGGACCAGAAAAAACAGUUCUGGCGUUACUUUGCAGGUAACUUGGCAUCUGGUGGCGCUGCCGGUGCCACCUCCCUGUGCUUCGUCUAUCCUCUUGACUUUGCCAGAACCAGGUUGGCAGCAGAUAUUGGUAAAGGCAUGGCAGAGAGAGAAUUCACUGGUCUGGGCAACUGCAUCGCCAAGAUCUUCAAAACUGACGGCAUAAAGGGUCUCUACCUGGGCUUCAAUGUGUCCGUCCAGGGUAUCAUCAUCUACAGAGCUGCCUACUUUGGCUGCUUUGACACAGCUAAAGGUAUGCUGCCGGACCCCAAGAACACACAUAUUGUGGUGAGUUGGAUGAUUGCUCAGACUGUCACAGCUGUAGCUGGUCUGGUCUCAUACCCCUUCGACACCGUCAGACGUCGUAUGAUGAUGCAGUCUGGACGUAAAGGAGCCGACAUUAUGUACUCGGGCACUAUUGAUUGCUGGAAGAAGAUCAUGAAGGAUGAGGGAGGAAAGGCCUUCUUCAAGGGAGCCUGGUCCAAUGUGAUCAGAGGCAUGGGUGGUGCCUUUGUGUUGGUGCUGUACGAUGAGAUCAAGAAGUUCACAAAAUAAACUUUCUCAUCUCCCAGUUCCCAAGGAAACCCUUCAACCUCGGUCUUAAUUGUGAAGAGUGAUAACAAUGUGGUGAUUGUGGGAAUGUAUUCCAGCCAAAGAAAAGGCUCCUCCAAUAAUUGUAAAUAUCCCACUUGUCAAACGGCACAGGUUGAUGCGGGGUAACCUACUCAAGCUGGUGGUUCGUUGCUACUGUGCCAAAAUACUGGACAAUGCCACUUUCUGUUCCACAUUUUACAAUUUUUUGUUGUAAUGUGGUCGUACUAAUCCAUGUAUCCCAGCUCUUACAUUGUUUUAUUAAUAAAGAGGUCUUAUUCAAA